UUGAAACAUGAAUGAAAAUGAAAUAAUUACAACACAAGAAUGCUUUCAAAAUGAAAAAAAACAUGAAGAAUAUCAAUAUUUAAAUUUGAUCGAAAAAAUCAUUAAAGACGGAGCAAGAAAAGAUGAUCGUACUGGUGUGGGAACGUUAUCCAUUUUCGGAACCCAGAUGAGAUUUAAUUUACGAAAUAAUAUAUUUCCAUUAUUAACUACAAAACGCGUAUUUUGGAAAGGUGUAGUGGAGGAAUUGUUAUGGUUUAUUAAAGGAUCCACAAAUGCAAAGAAACUAAGCGAAAAAGAUGUUCAUAUUUGGGAUGCAAAUAGUUCACGUGAGUUCUUAGAUUCUUGUGGUUUUACAGAUAGGGAAGAAGGAGAUUUAGGUCCUAUUUAUGGAUUUCAAUGGAGACAUUUUGGUGCAACAUAUAAAGAUAUGUACAAAGAUUAUAAUGGAGAAGGUAUUGAUCAAUUAAAAGAAGUUAUAGAUAAGAUACGAUAUUCUCCCAAUGAUAGAAGAAUUAUAAUGACAGCAUGGAAUCCAAUCGAUAUUCCAAAAAUGGCUUUACCUCCUUGUCAUUGUUUCGUUCAAUUUUAUGUAAGCAAUGAAGAAUUAUCAUGCCAACUUUAUCAAAGAAGUGCGGAUAUGGGUCUUGGUGUACCAUUUAAUAUUGCAUCUUAUUCUUUGUUAAUUUAUAUACUAGCACAUAUUACAAACUUGAAGCCAGGUGAAUUUAUACAUACAAUGGGCGAUUGUCAUGUAUACCUUAAUCAUAUAUCCGCACUUGAGGAACAAAUCAAACGUAUACCAAAACCAUUUCCAUAUUUAAAAAUCAUUAGAAACAUUGAAGAUAUAAACGAUUUUACAGCAAAUGAUUUUGAAUUGAUUGGAUAUGACCCACAUGCAAAAAUCUCUAUGCCAAUGGCCGUUUAAAAAUGAAAUUAAUAAACAAAACGAAUAACAAAACUGAAUGAUCUACUGACACAAAUCUAUAUCUAUAAACUUUUCAUCUAGAAGUAUUAUUUCAUCAUUAAGAAAAUACAUGUUCAACUGACAUUUAAUCAGUGAAUGAAUAUAUAAUUCAUAUACUAUUAUAAUAUAUAUUUUUUUUAAUCAUAUAUUUUAUUUUCUAAUAAAAAAUUUUAUUUCUUUUUUCUUUUUUAAUAAACUUGUAUCUUAAUAAUUAUAC